GCCCCGCCCCUCGGCCAAUCGGACGGCGCUCGCCGGCGCCCGAGUUCUCUUUGUUCCGCAGCCAUUUCGGGCCGGGAGCGGAGGCGUCGCCGCUUCGGCUGAGGGCCCGAGCGCCGGAGCCUCUGGGAUGGUGUGGGACCGGCAAACCAAGAUGGAGUACGAGUGGAAACCCGACGAGCAGGGGCUCCAGCAGAUCCUGCAGCUGCUCAAGGAGUCCCAGUCCCCGGACACCACCAUCCAGAGGAGCGUACAACAAAAACUGGAACAACUCAAUCAGUAUCCAGAUUUUAACAACUACCUGAUUUUUGUUCUUACAAAAUUAAAAUCUGAAGAUGAACCCACAAGAUCACUGAGUGGUCUCAUUUUAAAGAAUAAUGUGAAGGCUCAUUUUCAGAACUUCCCGAAUGGCGUGACAGACUUUAUUAAGAGUGAAUGUUUAAACAAUAUUGGUGACUCCUCUCCUCUGAUUAGAGCCACUGUAGGUAUUUUGAUUACAACCAUAGCUUCCAAGGGAGAACUGCAGAAUUGGCCUGACCUCUUACCGAAGCUCUGCAGCCUCUUGGACUCUGAGGACUACAACACCUGUGAGGGAGCGUUUGGCGCCCUUCAGAAGAUAUGUGAAGAUUCUGCCGAGAUUUUAGAUAGUGAUGUUUUAGAUCGUCCUCUCAACAUCAUGAUUCCCAAAUUUUUGCAGUUCUUUAAGCACAGUAGUCCGAAAAUAAGGUCUCAUGCUGUGGCAUGUGUCAAUCAGUUUAUCAUCAGUAGGACUCAAGCUCUGAUGUUGCACAUUGAUUCUUUUAUUGAGAAUCUCUUUGCAUUGGCUGGUGAUGAAGAACCAGAGGUACGAAAAAACGUGUGCCGAGCACUUGUGAUGUUGCUUGAAGUGCGAAUGGACCGCCUGCUUCCUCACAUGCAUAAUAUAGUCGAGUACAUGCUACAGAGGACCCAAGAUCAAGAUGAAAAUGUGGCUUUGGAAGCCUGUGAAUUUUGGCUCACUUUGGCUGAGCAACCAAUAUGCAAAGAUGUACUCGUGAGGCAUCUUCCUAAGUUGAUUCCUGUGUUAGUGAAUGGCAUGAAGUACUCAGAUAUAGAUAUUAUUCUGCUUAAGGGUGAUGUUGAAGAAGAUGAAACAAUUCCUGAUAGUGAACAGGAUAUAAGGCCACGUUUUCAUCGAUCAAGGACAGUGGCUCAGCAGCAUGAUGAAGAUGGAAUUGAAGAGGAAGAUGAUGAUGACGAUGAAAUUGAUGAUGACGAUACAAUUUCUGACUGGAAUCUAAGAAAAUGUUCUGCUGCUGCCCUAGAUGUUCUUGCAAAUGUUUAUCGUGAUGAGCUUUUGCCACAUAUUCUGCCCCUUUUGAAAGAAUUACUUUUUCAUCAUGAAUGGGUUAUUAAAGAAUCUGGCAUCUUGGUUUUAGGAGCAAUUGCUGAAGGUUGCAUGCAAGGCAUGAUUCCAUACCUGCCUGAGCUCAUUCCUCACCUUAUUCAGUGCCUCUCUGAUAAAAAGGCUCUUGUGCGUUCCAUAACGUGCUGGACUCUUAGCCGCUAUGCACACUGGGUAGUCAGCCAACCCCCAGACACGUACCUGAAGCCAUUAAUGACAGAAUUGCUAAAGCGUAUCCUGGAUAGCAACAAGAGAGUGCAAGAAGCUGCCUGCAGUGCCUUUGCUACCCUGGAAGAGGAGGCUUGUACAGAACUUGUUCCUUACCUGGCUUACAUACUUGAUACGUUGGUCUUUGCGUUUAGUAAAUACCAGCAUAAGAACCUGCUCAUUCUGUACGAUGCCAUAGGAACGUUAGCAGACUCAGUAGGACAUCAUUUAAACAAACCAGAAUAUAUUCAGAUGCUAAUGCCUCCGCUGAUCCAGAAGUGGAACAUGUUAAAGGACGAAGAUAAAGACCUCUUCCCUUUGCUUGAGUGCCUGUCUUCAGUUGCCACAGCCCUGCAGUCUGGCUUCCUUCCGUACUGUGAACCUGUGUAUCAGCGUUGUGUAAAUCUGGUACAGAAGACCCUUGCACAAGCCAUGCUGAACAAUGCUCAACCAGAUCAGUACGAGGCUCCAGAUAAAGAUUUUAUGAUAGUGGCUCUGGAUUUACUCAGCGGCCUGGCCGAAGGACUUGGCGGCAACAUCGAACAGCUGGUAGCCCGAAGUAACAUUCUGACGCUAAUGUAUCAGUGCAUGCAGGAUAAAAUGCCAGAAGUUCGACAGAGUUCCUUCGCCCUCUUGGGUGACCUGACAAAAGCUUGCUUUCAGCAUGUUAAGCCUUGUAUAGCUGAUUUCAUGCCAAUAUUGGGAACCAACCUAAACCCAGAGUUCAUUUCGGUCUGCAAUAAUGCCACAUGGGCAAUUGGAGAGAUCUCCAUCCAGAUGGGUAUAGAGAUGCAGCCUUAUAUCCCUAUGGUGUUGCACCAGCUUGUAGAAAUCAUUAACAGACCCAACACACCAAAGACGUUGUUAGAGAAUACAGCAAUAACAAUUGGUCGUCUUGGUUACGUUUGUCCUCAAGAGGUGGCCCCCAUGCUACAGCAGUUUAUAAGACCCUGGUGCACCUCUCUGAGAAACAUAAGGGACAAUGAGGAGAAGGACUCAGCGUUCCGUGGGAUUUGUACCAUGAUCAGUGUGAAUCCCAGCGGCGUGAUCCAAGAUUUUAUAUUUUUUUGUGAUGCUGUUGCAUCCUGGAUUAAUCCAAAGGAUGACCUGAGAGACAUGUUCUGUAAGAUCCUUCAUGGAUUUAAAAAUCAAGUUGGGGAUGAAAAUUGGAGGCGUUUCUCUGACCAGUUUCCGCUUCCCUUAAAAGAGCGUCUUGCAGCUUUUUACGGUGUUUAAUCUCGCGCUUAAGCUGCAGUCCCGUGAUUAGGGUCCUUCGGUCUUGGAGACUGUGAGGGAGCCUCUGCACCCAGGGAAAAUGUUACCCUCUACGGGGGGAAGGGCAACCCAGUAGGGAACACAGUGCAACCCAACCCUACUGGGAGGGGCGGGAGGGAGGUGUUGCCGUCACUGUAUAAGUCGAUGUUGGGAAAAGUUUUAACAUCUGGAGCCUUUGUGGGUGGAAAUCUGUCUCCAAUUACAACUCCGCACUGGAUGUGAAGAAGCAAAAAACAAACCUAUUCAGUCUACUCACAAAACAGUACAUUCUGGAAUAUUAUGGGGAAUUGUACCAAAACAAGAACCAUAUAAAUGACGCAUAGGGAUAAGAAAGAAAAAAUUCUAUAGCGCACAAUAAAGGAAACCUAAGAAUGGGGGAUACAGACAGUAAAGAAGCUUUUUUUUUUUUUUUAAUUUAAAGGUUUUGAUAAAUUUUCCCCCAUGAUGGGGCCUUGUUUUUGCAUGCUGAUGAAGAACUACAUAAAUGAAGCUAAUAGAGUUAAAAUCAGCUUGCCUACCCAUAGUAGAAGCAGGUUCUUGGAAGUUACAAUUUAAGGUACCCCCAAAAAAGUUGGAAAUAAAACAAAACAAAUCUAAACAAUGAAGCACCCUGUGAGAUGCCAACUGAGUCACUCCUUUGACCUUGGUGGGUGGGCAGGGAGGGAGGAAGAAGUGGGGCUGGGCAUAUCGAACUAAAGAUUGACAUCUUGAUUUUGCAUUAAAACAUUAAUGUAGUGGAUAUAAUUUGAUGGUUGUACUUCGUUAGAUUUAAUUUCUAGGCCAGGACGUUACUUCUAAAGUGCAGUUGAAGGUUCAGGCACGCGUUCUGGCUCAGUGAUGGGGCCCUUUGAUCCGUGGGGGGGCGUGCUCGCAGCAUGGGGUGAGAUUGGCAUUCAGUUAGCUGGGGCGCCAGUAUGUGUUGCCGUUGACCGAUUCAAUAUAGCCCUGCAUUUAAAAUUCCUUUUUAAGAUUUGUGGAUUUUAUUUUUAUUAAGAAUAUAGAUAUAAAGUACUGUAGUUUACAGCUAGGCCUUGAAAUAUCUUUUUAGGAUCUGUUAGGAAUAAGAUUGAUAUUGUAUUGUGUGUAACCUGCACAAUGUGGAAAGCUGAUAUACCUGUGCAAAAUCCUUGCCUCUGUGCUGUCAGUGUGAUGUGCUUUCUGCAUGGUUAUAUACUACUAGUGAUUUUAUCGAAACUUCUCAAACUUAAAUUACAUGGUAAAAGAUCUGUAAGAGGCUGCAUAAAUGUUAGUUGGCACAUAAAGACAAUUGUAGAAGUUGAAGACAUGAUUGCUAUACUUCAAUGUUUAUUCCCACUCAACAUAUUGCCUUCUAAGCUUUCUUUUUUUGUUCAAAGCAUGAUCUUAAAGAUAUGUUUAAGUUAAUGGAUGUAAUGCAGGGUUCCUACACUGUAUUGGCGCAUGUUGGUGGCCCUCUGUGCCCUAGAUAUAUGCACACAGGGUGUAAGUAAAAAGCUACAGAGUGAAAGUUGGUUUGGAUCCUCUUCAUUUCAUUUGUUUAGCUUUUCUGUUAUUUUUCUCUACUUACAUGUAUUCCUGUGAAUAAAUCCUUGUUAAGUUAACCCUUUACUUUUCCUUCCAUGUGUAUUUUCUUAUAUACUGUGAAUGUGAAAACCUAACUGGUACACUUGAUCUUGUGUCCAUAUGAAAGUGCAAGUCUUUAUUAAUUUGGAUUGCCUGAGCAGUGUAUCCCAUGAUGAUGAAGGAAAAUGGAGAGAUUUUUCUUUUUAACUCUGCUGGUCAGAGAUGAAGCCACACCUUUCCAUUUUUCAAUGCUGCAUAUUUAAUCUGCAACAGAAAUGUUAAGCCAUAACAACCUUUUAUAUUUCAGUUUGUCACCUUUGCAUUGCAGAAUAAAUUCUGAAUAACCAUUUUUAUAAGCAGUUGCUCCUCUUUGCAUGGUUCUAUUCUUCUAAAGGUGUUGAAUGAUACAGCCAUUGCACUGAAGUUUGAGCUGUAUGCGUGUGGAUUUAUAAAUACCGUUUCAAGAAAUUUCAAAUGCAUGGUAGCAUGCAGAAAGGUUUCUGUUACUCUGUGUGUGUGUGUAUUUUUUUUUUAACAUGUCCUUUCACUUUCUUUCUUCUACUUUGGCUUUGCAAAUUUCAGUCUGUAGAACCUGAAGUUAAAUAAUAUUUUAUAAUGUCCAGGGUUUUUUUUAAUUAUAAGUUGGAUCCAAAGGGUAUGUUGCAUUUUGCUUUCCAGUACCAUUGCUUCACUGGGAGCUCAAAAUUUGCUUCCUAGUUAGUCUUUAAAACCUGGUUAGGGUAGCUGUUUUAUCCUUAAAUUCUAGUGAUAUUCUGUAAUUGUUUGGAUACUUUUAGGAUUUAGAAUGGGAGAUAUUUUAAUAUUCUGGAACAGAUAAUAAAUACUUUAAAUUGAAAGAAAUGAAAUUCUUCUCUAAACACUUUAAAACAAACAUAGAAACAACCUUCAGUAAAGUUAUCUGGACCUAUAAUUGACAAUUCUAUAUUCACUGAAAAGCAGUAUUGUCACCUCUUUGACUAAGAAUUGGUUUCCAGUUAGGCAGAUAUGUAACAAGAAUGUGCCCAUUUUUCAAGUCACUUAACCUGUUCUUAAAUUUAAAGGAAAUUUAAUUUAAAAAUAGAAAAUAAAAUUGAGUAUGUACGGCUGGCAACCUGAGAUUGGGUUGGUUCUUUUGUGUUUCUCUCCUUCAAAGUUAUUGUUCCUUCCCAGUGUAUAUUUCAGAUGCAUAGUAUAGCAUAGGAAUUUGCAGAAGCCAUUUAAGUUAUCUUUUGAGGUAAGCUCCAAUUUAGCAUCUAUUGUUCUGAAAACUUAAUACAUCAUGGGAUAUAUAUAAAGCGACUAAAUUCUUGUGGUGUAGUUGUAAUAGUUUUGACUGUUGACUGAAUGUCUAUGAACUUGUGAGUCUGUCUUUGUUACAUUCCAGUGUUCCUGCCUUUGGCAUGCUUCAAGCACGGCUUACUUCAUCUGCUCCUUACACACUGAAGUGCUGUUAGUGUGCUCAGCUACAGAGAUAGCCGCUGCUCAGUGAUGUCGAUUUUCUACUUGAAUAUUUUUAUGUUGUAGGAACCUCAGGAGGUCAGUGUUUACUGUUUUCUAUAUGCCUUCUUUUUCCUGUUCGAGCUUCUCUCUUUGAAGGAUUCUAACAGAACAAAAGCUGCUGAUCAACCUAAGUUGGAAACAGAAAGUGUAUUUAAUAUAAUUUAAAUGCAUGUUUGGCAGUUCCAUGUUAUAGUCCAUUAGUAAGUGAACUUAGUGCCACAGAUGUUCAUUUAUUCAGGAAGGAGUUUCUUUUUUGUAUUGUCUGAUCUCUUUAAUAACUUCAUACUGUAUAAAAAAAUCACUUUUUUAUAUUUUUUGGUUGGUUAUUUCCCAAAUAAUCAACAUGUAAAUAAUCUUUAAGAGCCAGUUCUGAUGCUUUACAUUAUUGCUACUUGAUUUUGUGAUGCAAGUUAUAUUUCAGAAUAGAUUUUAAAACACUUAACCAAGCCAUUACAUCUUAAAAACAAAAUAACGUAGCAUACAUUUUGUAAUUAACAUAUUGAUAAACACUGUGAUUUUUUUUGUUAAGACUUUUUCAUUGAUCUAAUUGCUUAAAUUGCAUAUAUUGUAAGAUAGAAUCAGAUGUAUAUUUUAAAAUAAUUUCAACUGACUUUCCUCUAUUGAAAUGUUUUGUCUACUCAGUUAUAAAAUAUUCAGAUACAAGUUUUAUCUCAGGUGAAUACUCUUGUAUCCUUCUUGCUUUGGUGACAUAUGCUUAUAAAGGGUCAUCAUACUUAUAUUCCUUAUUUUCUAGUGUAUUCAUGAAGAAUCUUCCCAUUUAGUCUGAUUUUCCAGUCCCUGUUCUAGUGGACUAGGGUGGCAUAAAUCCCUCUUGGUGAGCCCUUUGUGUGCAGGUUUACCUUGAGAGUGAGCUCAAUUUGGUCCUCCUUUUCUCCAGACCCUCAAGAUAGGAAAGUGUAAAUUUUUCUGUCCUAUGUUAUAUUACAUAGCUGAAAUGCCAGAAUUAAACUCAUUAUGUCUUAAAAACCCUUUAGUCCAAAUUUAACUUAAAUCCUUUGCCAUAAAGAAAAAAGUGGUUUUUUUGCUUCAUAUAAUUAAUCUAUAUUAUUCAUAUUGAAUGUAUUAACAGAUAACGGUGCAAAAACAUCCUUCUCAGGGGAAGGGUGUCUCAUGCAUAACUGCAGUUUAAAUCCUUCUUUCAGCAGUAUUUGAAAUGCACACAGCUUUGCUUGUUGAAUUACUUUUGCAAAUAAUCCAAGGGGGAAAACACUAACUGUCGCUACUAGUGCUGUUAUUGAAGUGUAGGCAUGGAGAUCUUUCAGAAACUGGGCUUCAGGUUGUGAGGGGUCUGGGAUAAUCUCGAUGCAAGGUCAGAUUGAUAGAGAGCUGUGUGACAAUUUUGUCUGGUAAUAAUACCAUGCAAGAGCAUUCUAUACCUACUUAGUACACUUCAGACUGUAUUAAAUAUGGGGAUAUUUCUAAUGCCUCUUAAAAAAUAAAAUUUUACACGAAGGUUUCAUUCACUUCAAUACUUUUCAGGUGACGUAGAACUCAUUUUCUCAGUCUUAUGUAGAUUUGCCCCCGUUGGUGUUACUUAAUAUGUCAUCUUUAUCUUUAUGCCUAAUUAUUGUGCAUAUUAAUUUUAAGGUAUACAUUUAAAUUAUAGCAACUGUUUAUUGUGAUUUGUAUCCCAGAAUGUAUUGUGUUUAAAAAAAUGUAUGCAUGAUUUUGAGGGAAGGCAAAUGGUGAUUUUUUUCUUUUGUACCUGUUGUACAUUUUAAAACCAAACCAAAUCUAUUUGCCAAGCAUUAUAUCACUAAUUAAGGAAAUAGUAUUUUCCCUUUAAAACAAUUUUUGUGCACCUACCAUAGAAUCCCCUUAUACUAUGGCUUGGUAUUAUGCAGAAUUAGCUAUUUUGCAAGUCUGAUUAUCUUCCUGAAAGCCUCCUGUGACAUGGUUAGCCUCUAAGGCAGUGUUAGUCCCUUCCCAUACCAGCCUGGCAGAGGGGUUCCGCUGUGUUCUCCACUAUCGCUUCAUUGUUGUUUCCUCUGUGGAUGUGUAACCAAAUGAAGAUUGGAUGAUAUUUUAUGGAGAUAAUAAUUAGACAAUACUGUGUAAUUAAUUUUACUUAAUAGAUUAUCAUCUGUGAGAGGAGAUGUUUAAACAUGGUUAAUCAAUUCAUGUUAUAAAACAGUUUUACACUUAAUAUUCAUGUUAACAUUGGGUGCAAUAAUUUAGUAGUUUUAGCUUUAGUUAUAAAUAACUGGAUCUUUCUGCUGACAACUUAGGUUGUAUGAGUUAUGCUUAAAGCUUUAAAUCGGAUGUUUCCUGUACCUGCCACACUAUGUUAGAAUGUGUCCUUCAAACAUAUCCUCCUGCAACUUCAAACUGUGCUCAGUUGACACUUCUUGAAGUCUAACUCUGUGCUAACAGAUCUUCAUUUUACAUAGAAUACGGUUUUAAUUUUUGAUAAGCUGCUGAAUUUUAAAGAGAGUUUUUUGGGGCCACCAAAUAUUUUGGAUCAUGCAGAGAAUAUAUAUUGUACUGUAGUAAUUUUGUAUUUACAUUUGUAUGAUGUGACAUAAUAGAUGUGAAUGUUAAUCCCUGCUUGACGAUGUUAAUAAAGGUGUUUAACUAUA